CGGAUCGGCUGCACCGGUGUUGGUGACGGGAAGACGGGCUGCGUGUUACAUCGUACCUAGGGCCAAUUGUAUUAUUACCCGCCUUCGCAGCCUUUUCCUCUGUCUGAUUCGGUGCCUAUGCAUAUAAGGACGGGGUGCUCCCUUAUUAUGUAAACUCUCGUGCUCUUCCUGAAACGCCAGCAAGCCGAGAAAAUCCCAUCCUAAGCUCUCUAUAGGUAAUAUAUACCUGCGUAUCUACUCGCCGUAGGUAGUCAUGGCGGACUUUGCGGAAAUCCAGGCCAAGUACGCCGCCGAGGCGCAGAAGCGCCUGCGUCCCGACGGCUCCGCCCAGUACGAGGUAUUGGAAGCGAGCAAGAACGAGCGGCUGCGCCACCUCGUCGACGACGUCUGGGCCGACCAUGCGGCCCUCGAUGCGCUGCCCGCCCCCCUCGCGGCCGGCGAUUCCACCAAGUUUCUCAUCGCCGGCGCCGGCAUCGGUGGCCUGGUAGCCGCGGUGCGGCUAAUCCAGGCCGGCUUCUCGGUCGACCAGAUUCGCUUCGUCGAGACGGCUGGUGGCCUUGGCGGCACCUGGUACUGGAACCGUUACCCGGGCCUGCACUGCGACGUCGAGUCCUACACCUACCUGCCCCUCCUUGAGGAGACUGGUUUCGUGCCCUCGCACAAGUACUCUUCUGGGCUCGAGAUCCGCAAGUACCUCGAACUGCUCGCUAAGAAGUGGAAUCUCGACGACAAGAUCCUGUACCGGACCAAGCUUGACAAGCUGGAGUGGGACGAUGCCGCUCGCGCCUGGAAGGCUAAUAUCACCACGGGGCGAGGACCGAAGGGUGCCGACAAGACCUCCUUCUCCGUGACGGUCGAGUACGUGUGGCUCACGGCUGGGCUAUUGAGCCGGCCGCACGUGCCCAAGCUAGGUGGCGCGGGAAUUGAGGGCUUUGGCGGCGACAUCUUCCACACGUCGCUGUGGAACUACAACGUCACCGGCGGGUCGUCCGAGGAGGCCGACCCGGUCCUGUCGAAGCUCAAGGACAAGCGGGUCGGUAUCAUCGGCACCGGCGCGACGGCGAUCCAGGUGGUGCCGCGCCUGGCCGAAUACGCCAAGGAGCUGUACGUGUUCCAGCGGACGCCAAGUGCCGUAUACGGCCGGGGUCAGCGGCCAACGGACCCGGAGGAAUUCCGUACCAAGAUCGCGGGCCACAAGGGCUGGCACGACGAACGGCUCCAGAAUAUGGCUCUGAACAUCUCCAACGACGCGCCGCCCGGCAUCCCCGACCUCGUCGACGACGAGUGGACCCACAACCCGGCGUACUCGGCGCUCGUCGCCGACUCCGCCUUUGCCGACGCGGGCCCCGAGCGCGUUCCCGAGAUCAUCGCGCACUACCUCGCGCGCGACGCCGAGAGCAGCGCGCGCCUGCGCGCCCGCAUCAGCGACAUCGUGAAGGACCCGGAGACGGCGCGCAAGCUGACGCCCUGGUACCCGGUCUGGUGCAAGCGGCCGACCUUCAGCGACACGUACCUGCAGGCCUUCAACCGGCCGAACGUGCACCUCGUCGACACGGACGGCAGGGGCGUCGCGGGCGCGACGGCGAGCGGGCUCGUCGCCGGCGGGGCGGCCGAGGAGGAGGUGCCCCUCGACGUGCUCGUGCUCGGCACCGGGUACAAGGCGCCGACGGGCGACCCGUCGACGCGCGCCGGGGUGGCGGUGCUCGGGCGCGGCGGGGUGUCGCUCGCGGCGAAGUGGGCGGCGCGGGGCGCGUCGACGCUGCACGGGUACGCCAGCCACGGGUUCCCGAACCUGUUCUGGCUGUCGCCGCUGCAGUCGGGGGUGAGCGCGAACCACGCGUACCCGCUGGACCUGCAGAGCCGGCAGGCGGCGUACGUGCUCGCGACGGCGUUCGAGAGGGCGGGCGUGGCGCCGACGGCGCAGGCCGGCGGCCCCGUGGUCGAGGUCGACGAGGCGGCCGAGGAGGCGUGGAGCAUGCGCAUCGUCGGCGGCGCGGCGCGGUUCGCCACCCUGUCCGUCUGCACGCCGAGCUACAUCAACGACGAGGGCCACUUCUCGAGCCCGAACGACCCGCCGGAGGAACUGCUGCGCAGCGCGCGCUCGUCGCCGUUUAGUGGUGGCGUUAUGGGGUACGUCGACGUGCUGCGGAAGUGGCGCGAGGAAGGCAAGCUCAGCGGGAUCACGGUCACGGCGCCGUGAGGAGCGAGAGCAGGAGGACAAGGGAGGGAACGAGAACGGGGUUGCGUUGUCUCUCUACACGGAUGGACGGAUACCGCCUUAGAUAUAAUACCCACAGGCUCACGCACUCGGGUGUCUAAGGACGAGGCAUAAGCGAAGGAGUAAAACUAGGUACACCUAUACAAAUAGAGAUUCCAUAUCCGUGCAAAGAGUCGGCAUGGGGUGUGAUGGGUGUCAACGAUAGGCCUGUCCUUAGGUGAAGAACUCAGCAGAGGCUCGUCCCCAAAGUGCUCUCUCCUCUCGCUAUCCUGAUAAUACCCGCCUAUAUC